ACCCUCUGUCAAUAGAGGCUGGCCUUUAUAAAGCUCCAGAAAGCCUCUGGGGACGUUUCCUCCUCCUUCACGCCAGCUCCCAGGGGGAAGGUGGGUCCACAUCCAGCACCAUGACCGAACUGGAGACCGCCAUGGGCAUGAUCAUUAGUGUCUUCGCCCGGUACGCAGGGGUGGAGGGCAGCAAGCAGAGCCUGACCAAGGGGGAGCUGAAGGUGCUCAUGGAGAAGGAGCUCCCAGGCUUCUUGCAGACUAAAAGGGACAGGGACUCCGUGGACAAACUGCUCAAGGACCUGGACGCCAACGGGGACGCCGAAGUGGACUUCAGCGAGUUCAUCGUGUUUGUGGCCACGCUCACGGCCGCCUGCCACCAGUACUUCGAGCGGGCGGGGCUCCCCUGAUGCCCUGCAGGCUGGCUUCCAGAACCCUCUGGGCCAGCAUCAGUAAAAUACUUGUGAAAAGCUC